AUGGGUUCGUAUUUUUUAGAACGUUUUUAGGUAUUCGUUGAAAUAUUAUAAUUACUUUUUGCAGCAGUAACACUUGCAAGAAAAAAAAUUUCCAAAAAAUGCAUAAAAAACUUAGAAAAAACUUGGCAGCUUUUCGCGAACAUUUCAACCGAACUUGGUCUCAGGAAAUGUGUUCGGGAAGCUAUGUGUGUAGAAAGCUUCCUUGUUGGGCAAAAAAAGCGUCAUGGCCGUUCCUCAACGCGAAAAUAAACGUUUCCGACGUUUAUCGGUUUGUCGAGAUGUAACUGCCGGUUUUCCUACUGCUGUUUAUCAGAAUAGUGCUUUGAAGUCCUGGAAAAUAAGCCCGGAUUUAAUUCGUGUUUUCGCCUCCUACGUGCUCUCCGGAGCACUCACAAAUAAUAGGCAGCUAUCUUAAAAGCUCCGAAAUUCGGCUUUCGAAUGCGUCUUUCUUCCAAAAAUCACCUCUCUCGACAAGCGCCACUUGGAAGUUUCUCAGAGAACUUUUUCCCUUCUGUUCGACAUCGUUUCUGGCAGCUCGGAGAAGAUGAAAGAGAGAACACUCUUCAACCCAAUCUUUUUUUUGUUGCAUUCUUCCCAAUUCUGGAUGGGCAGGAAAGCCCAAGGUCGCCCUUCUUCUUCGAGUCAACAAUUUUCCAGAAACGCCCGAAAGGAAAAAAAUUAAGACGAGAUGUGAGACGAAAAAGAGGUGAUGAUGAAUGUCUAAUGAAAAGCGUUGGCGGCGGGCGUGAGUAUGAGUGUGGAUGUGAGUUUGAGCGAGAGUGUGAGUGUGAGCGGGAGGCGACCGACCAACCAACCAUCCGGCCGCCAACCCCGCGACCCAACCUUGCGUUGCAUACGAUCGAGAACGCGCCCAUUUACAUACUAUUUGGUAAAGGUUUGUUGCGCGUGCUCUGUACCCAAUCGAUAAUUUCAUUCUCCAACUUCUUCAUUGUUGAAAGCAUCGCUCUCAGCGUUACGUUUCGAAAUUCAUGUUUUUGCGCUCGAUGUUUUGAAACACGAAAAUUCAGAUUCAAAGCAAUUCAUUUUUAACAUCAUAUUGGUUUUGGUUACGUUCUUUUUUUUUAUAUUCAAGUUUGAAAAGAUAGUAAUACAUUUUUUUUUUGAUUUCGGCUAUUAUCACUCGAAAUCACAUCUGUAUAGUUUUAAUUUACUUCUCAUUCAUUGAGAAUACCCUUUUUAAAAAAAUUUUUCUUUUUAUGAUAUUGAAGAACAAAUAAGACUAUAAGCCUCGAUAAAAUUGAUAAAAAAAGCGUAGGAUCUUUUUUUAUCAUGAUUUUUCUGACUGUCUACGGUAGAUUAUAAAAUUUUGAAACUUGCACCGAUUUCCCUACAUCAAAAAUAAAUCAAAAAGAUAAAAGAAUUUUUUCAAAUUCAUUUUUUGCGCUAUAUUGAAGUCACCUUUUUGAUUUUUUUCUUGCAGUGCGCACGAGUUUUACCUCUGAUCUGUCACGCCGUUUGUCAGGAAUUUGAAAAAUUUCAAAAACACAUUAUGUUCACUUCAAAAGCACAUUCAUCUAAUCUCGUGUGUCACAAAAACAAAGCGUUCUUCGCUUUCGAGCAACUGCGCCCCAUGGUCAAUACACUUUCCAUCAAUCUUCUUGUUGACGACCUUUGUUGUUGUUUUUGACAUGAUUCAAAUUUUUUCUCUUUUUCUGAGGCGUUUUUUUCGGUUUCUUUAAGAAAUCAUCAAUUUUCCAGGCAACGGUCAGACCAUGCCACUUCCCAUAUUCGGCAAAUCGCACAAGUCGCCUUCUGAGGUCGUUAAAAAUCUAAAAGAAGCCCUCCUCGUGAUUGAAAGAGUAGGUUUUUUUUGUUCAAUUUCGAGCUUUAUUUAAAUCAGAAAGAAAAUUCAAUUUUUUUCAGGGAGAGAAAAAGUCUGAAAAGGCUAUUGAAGAUGUCAGUAAACUCCUACAGAUGGUCAAAAACAUCAUUUAUGGUGUUGAGGGCCAAGAACCGCACGGUGAUCAGGUAGAUCUUCAGGCAUGCACUUUUUCUGUUCUUUUUUUAAAUUAUUUAUCCGGAAUACCUUAUAAAAAAAGCAAAUUUUAAAAGUUAAUGGAACGCAUUUCAAUCAAUAGUAUAAUUGCAUGAAACUUAAGUUUGAGGGACUUGUUAUUUUUUUAAUUCUGCAUUGAUCAAGGGAAAAAUUUUCUUCUAUUUUUUUUGGUGCAUGAAGUUCAAGUGAAUAUUUUCACACCUGGCUGAAUAUAAAUUUUUUUUUAAUUGAUAAAAAAAGUCAAAACGACAUGUCAGGGCACAUCAAUCAUCUACGCCUUUUCAUUAAGACUUUCAGAGAUUUUUGGGCAAAGCAAAAACUCAAAACUCUCGAUUAAAAUAAUUUCUUACAAAAGAAAGCCCAAAAGAGCUCUUACAACUUUAAAAUCAAACAAUAUUCCCAUUUUUCCAAUUUCCCCUUCCCAGCUUCUGCAUGAAUAACACCCCAGGUAAACAUUAAUUUCUUUCUCAACUCUUAAAAUUUUUUGUAGUUACAGGUAGCCCAACUUGCCCAAGAAGUGUACAACGCUAACGUGCUGCCGAUGCUGAUCAAACAUCUGUGUCGUUUCGAUUUCGAAAGCAAAAAAGACGUGGCUCAAAUCUUCAACAACCUUCUGCGUCGUCAGAUCGGAACCCGUUCUCCAACCGUCGAAUAUCUCGGAGCACGACCUGAAAUCCUGAUCAGUCUCACCAAUGGGUACGCUUUUAGGAAAUCAGUUUUUGUAAAAAAAAAAACACAGAAAAAACCUUUUCAUCUGACGUUCAAAGCUUUUAGAUAAACGGGAUAGGUUGAGAUUUUUUUCAGACCGAUCCUGGAAAUGUUUUCCCAAAAAUCUUUAAUAGCUUUUAAGCCACUUUAAACAAUACGAAACAACGGGUAUUGAGUGAAAAUUUUUUACUGAAAGUUCAAAAAGUAGCUCCAUUGAAGUUUUAGCUUUCUCCAUCUUUGAAAACUUUUUUCGAACUUGAAUUAGGCCGGAAAGCGCGAAUAGUUUGAUAUCGGGUGCAAUGAAAAAGCGAGUUACCAUGAGAAUCGCGCUGUUUCAAAAUAAAAAAAAAGCUUUUGCGUUUGCGCCGUUCUAAUUGGUGCGUUACGGUAAAAGCGUUUCUCAAAACGCUAUAGAUAAAAAAUACCUACAAUACAGAUCUUUUCUUCUUUUUUUUUUUAAAUCGCCAUUUUCGUUGAUUGCAAGGGUUUUUCCUGUUUCUUACUGACGGAAAAGUUUAUGACCCUGUAAAUCACAAAACUCUUACUUUUUCGAAUCACCACCUCUGCUUAAAGUUCCUGAGAGUUUCUAUUUUCAAAUAAGUUCACUACUAUGAUUCUUGAGCCAUAGAAAACGUCCAUCACAUUCAUCCUGUAACUAAUAAUUAUAACCUUUUCCAGAUACGAACGUGCUGAGGUCGCUUCGGUUUGCGGAUCCAUGCUACGGGAGAGCAUCCGUCAUGACCAUCUGGCCAAGGUACGAAUUCUCCAAAAAAAAAAAAGCACAUUUAUCACAAAAAAAUUAUGGGAAAAAUUGGAAGAAAAUGCCUAUUUUCAGCCUUAGAGCUGGAGGGGAAGCAAAAAUGCAAAAAAAAAUAUUUCCGAGCAAAACGGUAGUUUUUCAGAUUCUGCUCUACAGCGACGCCUUUCAGAAGUUCUUCCCGUACGUCCAAAGUGAAAUCUUCGACAUUGCUUCCGACGCUUUCUCGACUUUCAAGGUGGGAAAAAAAUUUUACGAACCGAUAUAAGUCAAAGUUUUUGCACACCUUUUCGGACAUAAGAGUGAAAAUUAAAAAAUUAAAAUCCUAAGGCCCGUACGCCGACUUCCAUGUACAGUACCGUCAGAAAAAGAUAUGAAGAAACGCGACUUUGGUCACAAAUUUUUAGAAAUAACAGUCAUUACAACUCCAGGAAGUUUCAGAAAGAUGAAUUUCUUUACAAGAAAGUUGUGACCGAUACCACGCUUUUUCGAUUUUUUCUGACGGUAGUGUAAAUUUUAUUUUGUCCCCAAAAAGUGCACGCUUUUUUUUAAACUACAACUAUAUUUCCUUGAGCUUUACUUUGAGCUAAAUAUCCUUGAUUACUAAACCUUAAGUUUCUCGGUUUGUACCAAAAAAGUUUUCAGGACCUUGUGACCAAACACAAAACUCUCUGCGCUGAAUAUCUCGACGGCCACUACGAUGCGUUCUUUGGUAAUUUUUUUUCACCAGAAAAACUGAUUUUUUUAAUUAUCAAUAUUUUCAGGAGAGUAUCAGAAACUGCUCAACUCAAAGAACUACGUCACCCGUCGUCAGUCCCUGAAGGUAAAAACUCUUUGAAUAUUUGGAAAUAAUUAAAAAGUUUCAGCUUCUCGGCGAACUUCUUCUCGACCGUCACAAUUUCAACGUGAUGACCAAGUACAUCUCCAACCCUGAAAACCUGAAGUUGAUGAUGGAGCUUCUGCGUGACAAGAGCCGCAACAUUCAGUUCGAAGCUUUCCACGUUUUCAAGGUUUUCAGAAGGAAAACUACGGUCAUUUUAUUUGUACUUUCUCAGGUUUUUGUCGCCAAUCCCAACAAGCCGAGACCCAUUUCCGACAUUCUACUGCGAAACCGCGAGAAACUCGUGAGAAUUAUUCCUUGACGUAGAUAACGGAGGAAUAGGCAUGAUUUAUCGAAAAAUGUCUACGGUCGCUGACUUUUCAGGGAAACGCUAUGAAAUGUCUUUUGGUGCUUUUUUUCCUCAAAAAUUGAAAACGAUCAAGACAAAUAAAAAAAUUGAGAUUUGAGAUGAAAAAUCAUUUUAGGUUGAUAUAAAAAUAAAAUAAAAACAGCUUCUUCUCCUUUCUUUUUCAAUUUCGCUUUUUUGGUCACCUCAAGAAUAAUUUGUUGAGAGAUUUCAGAUUUUUUGAAAAGUUGUACUAAACCUUCCCAAAUCGUCAUAGAUUGGUUUUUAAUACUUUGAAGGUUAAAAUUUUCGAAUAUCUUCCACUUUCCAAAAAAAAAUAACUCUAUGGUUUGAAGGACCAUCAAAAUACGAUUCUGAUAGGUUUUUUUACAUUUUUAAGGAGCCGGUCUUUCAUUUCGUUUAUUUUAUAAGCUAGAAUCUCGGAUACGGUAGUUUUGAGCGCUUUGAGAAUUUUCCAAAAAAUUAUUCUUCUUUGUCAAAAAAUGUGGCCAGCGAUUUUGCCGACUCAAAAAAGGAACUUUUCAAAAAACGCCCCGAUACCUUUCUGAGUAAACUGUUCAGGUCGAUUUCCUCGCGGAGUUUCACAACGAUCGCACUGACGACGAGCAAUUCAAUGACGAAAAGGCCUACCUGAUCAAACAGAUCCAAGAAAUGAAGCAGGGAUAA